UUUUCACGCAGCACAGACUUUUAGCUUUUAAUACUGGUAUCACUUUACGGUAAAUCGUCAGUGUUUGUCCUUAUUCUGACAGACACGGUGUUUGUGUUCCGUGUUCUACCGUAACUAGAUAGCUAGCAUAUUUGUAAUACCUAAUAGUAAGGCGGAAGUUUUUUUUAACAGAAUGUCUACAAAUAGUUAGAACGAAAUGUAGUUCAAGUGUUAUGAUCCAAAGAAAUAUAUCGUGUGACAACUGUGAUAUAUAUUAUAAUAUUUAUACAUAAGUGAAAACCGUUCUUGUACUGUAUAGUGCACUUGUGUUUGGACAGAAUGAAGUCUAUCAUCUGUUUGCUUGUGUUAUUGAUUGUAUUGAAAGUCGAUCGGAUUGGCGGAGACUGCAUUCUCUCACUAAAAACCGACUUCGGGUCUCCAUCAGCUGUGUACCUAUUGGGUAAUGAGUUCCUCACUCCCAACACGGCGAGUGGCGCCAUCUUCCUGCGCCGCGGCACUGUUCUGACCGUCGCGUGCCCGCAGCGGGCGGUCACCAUCGCCGGCCAGGCUACUAGGAAAGAAGCGGUGGACGCCAAAUGCGUCUCAACAUCCACCUUCUCUGUAGGAAAAUGGACCGGAGAGCUGAACCAAUUGAACUGCAGUUCCGCACCUGUGUUCACGGUCAAGGAAACCAACAAAGCUUGCUACGGAGGCGGUCAGACGGUCAAGGUGGGCUACACAAUCCGCGAUAAGCUAUACGAGCUAUACUCAGCGUGCUUCGAUCGAAGCAAGCUAAACACGUUCUUCGUGAAGCAUAAGCUGUUGCCGAGCAGCGUCAACAUACAGACCGGUCACAAACGGCCGCAGUUCACAGGUGGCGACCUCUUCCCAAGUAAAGUGCACAUCGAGAAACUAUACAAGACGCAGUAUGAAAAGAACAGGUUCAAUGAGAUUCUUGGACCUAAUAUGGCGGACAAGUAUUUUAGCAAACAACAGUUCCUAACGCGUGGCCACUUGGCCCCAAGAGCAGACUUCUCUCUCGCAGCAUUGCAGCGCGCCACGUUCCACUUCGUCAACGUAGCUCCUCAGUGGAUGAAGGGCAACCGAGGUGACUGGGGCGCUCUUGAAGAGGCCCUUCGCCGACGAGUGAAAACCACCAACUCUUCAGUAACAGUAUAUACCGGGACCCACGGGGUCCUAGCGCUGCCCGGGACCCAGGGAGAGAAGGAACUGUACCUGUACUCGGAUGAGAACAACAAUAUGGCCGUGCCAGUGCCUUUGUACUUUUAUAAGCUGGUUCACGACCCAGCCCGCCGAGCAGCGACAGCCUUCAUCACAAUCAACUCUUCCUUCUUCAACUCAUCAAUGGAUAACGCGUUGACAUUCUGCGAGGACGCAUGCGCGAGCUGGUUGACAUGGCGGGACGACGCUACGCAUAGCUUCUGCUGCAGCUAUGACGCGUUCAGCAGGGUUAUAGACCAUGUUAAGCUGGAGGUCGAUGAACUCUAUUAGCACAUAAUAAAGAGUACUACACAGUAUGGCGUCCGCUCCCCGCUGAAAGUGCUCCCCGCUCUCGAUUACCUCACAGUUACCGCCUGACAAGAACGCGACCAGUCGCGAGCUUAGACUGUGCAUAGGAACGUGCCUACGCCUCUUUCAUAUAUUUGAUUGUGUAUGUUUGCCUUUUGUCCACUAAGAUUGUCGUUUGUGCAAUAAUUAAUGUUUCCUGGAUUGUUUCGACGACAAUUAUUAUUUCAAAUUUAUUUAUUUUGCUAUAAUAAUUCAUUGAAUUGACUUUAGAUAUGUCUUUAACUGUCUAUUGUCCAUAAAGAGAAGGUGGAAUAAUAGUAAUUUAUGCAACAGGCGUUUAAAGGAGGUCAAAAAAGACGAGUGGCGUGGGUAACAAUUUGAGGCGAAGCCGAAAAUUGUUAUUGAGACGCCACGACUAUUUUUUGACUCAAUUAAACACCG